CGGCGGCGGCGGCUGGGGGCGGCGGCGGCGCGCUGGAAGCGGCCAUGGCAAAACAGUACGACUCAGUGGAGUGCCCUUUUUGUGAUGAGGUGACCAAAUAUGAGAAGCUUGCUAAGAUCGGCCAAGGCACCUUUGGGGAGGUGUUUAAGGCAAAGCACCGCUUGACCGGCCAAAAGGUGGCUCUGAAGAAGGUACUGAUGGAGAACGAGAAGGAAGGGUUCCCUAUUACAGCCUUGCGGGAGAUCAAGAUCCUCCAGCUUCUAAAACAUGAGAAUGUGGUCAACUUGAUUGAGAUCUGUCGAACCAAAGCUUCCCCCUAUAACCGCUGCAAAGGCAGUAUAUACCUGGUGUUUGACUUCUGCGAGCAUGACCUUGCUGGACUGCUGAGCAACGUCUUAGUCAAGUUCACACUGUCUGAGAUCAAGAGGGUCAUGCAGAUGUUGCUCAAUGGUCUCUACUACAUCCACAGGAACAAGAUCCUGCACAGGGACAUGAAGGCAGCUAACGUGCUCAUCACCCGAGAUGGGGUCCUGAAGCUGGCAGACUUUGGGCUGGCCCGGGCCUUCAGUCUGGCCAAGAACAGUCAGCCCAACCGCUAUACCAACCGUGUGGUGACGCUUUGGUACCGGCCCCCGGAGCUCUUGCUCGGGGAGCGGGACUACGGCCCCCCCAUUGACCUGUGGGGUGCCGGGUGCAUCAUGGCGGAGAUGUGGACCCGCAGCCCUAUCAUGCAGGGCAACACGGAGCAGCACCAGCUUGCCCUCAUCAGCCAGCUCUGUGGCUCCAUCACCCCUGAGGUGUGGCCAAAUGUGGACAAGUAUGAGCUGUUUGAGAAGCUGGAGCUGGUCAAGGGCCAGAAGCGGAAGGUGAAGGACAGGCUGAAGGCCUACGUGCGGGACCCAUAUGCGCUGGACCUCAUCGACAAGCUGCUGGUACUGGACCCCGCACAGCGCAUCGACAGCGACGACGCCCUCAACCACGACUUCUUCUGGUCUGACCCCAUGCCGUCGGACCUCAGGGGCAUGCUGUCCACCCACCUGACAUCCAUGUUCGAGUACCUGGCGCCGCCACGCCGGAAGGGCAGCCAGAUCACCCAACAGUCCACCAACCAGAGUCGAAACCCCACCACUACCAACCAGACGGAGUUUGAGCGCGUCUUCUGAGGGCCAGCUGCUGUCACUCUGCUUUAAGGCUCUUGUUUUAUUUUUCUUUUCUGCUAUGGGACUCACAUUGUGGAGAUGAAGGGGCAUUUGAGUUUUUUCUCUAGUGCAUAUUUUAUUUAAUCCCCACUCUGGGCCUUGGGAAUACCAGCUGGAUGGACUGGAAUAAAGCUUUGGCUGAGAGUCCAGGAGGGCACUGGGGCUGCCUCACCUGGUUCCCUGGUUUUCUGGAUAAUACCCAGAGGGUCUGCAUUUACCUUAGGACAAGAAUGAGGUGGGAGGAGAGGUGCACCCCACCACUGACUUUCUAAGAGUUCGACUGGAGGAGGGAACAGGUCCCUCGUCCAUCCCCAGCCUUCCUCUUGGGAUGAGAAACUCACGUGGGGGACAACCAGCCUUGGAAAUGGGCUGCUCUUGGCCUGACCCUCAGAAGCACUGGAGCUGGCAAUAACUUGGUUUCUUCAGUAGGAGAAUUUUAUCGUGUUUCUGAUAUUCGGUUGUUGAGAGACAUUCUGGACACAGUUUGGCCAGUUAACAAUUAAAGUUGACUCUUUUUCAGUAAA